UGCCAUGUUUUAUCUUUCACCUCAAAAUGUCGAAUCACAAAGUCGGUUCCCUAAACGAAAUAGACUUUCGCUUUUCUUCAUAAUUGACCUUCAAUCAGGCCUCUAGACAAAUGAAUGAAAGAGAAAGAAACUUUCCUAAUUGGAAUCCGAACUACUUCCUCCUCCUCUCAACUAAAAUUAUUCUGCUUCAAUGUCUCGGAUAAUAUUAUUUAUGCAUUUAUCUUCUUUCUUGGUUGCUCAUUUGUUCAUAUCAGGAGUUAUUUCAACAACAUUUACAAUAACGAACAGUUGUAACCACACAGUUUGGCCAGGAGUUUCCUCCUCAAGUAGUGGUACUUUCCCCACAACUGGUUUUUCCCUUGAAAAGAAUGAGUCAAAGAUCAUAAAAGCACCAGCUUCUUGGAAUGGUCGGUUCUGGGGCCGCACGUAUUGCACCGAAGACUACUCAGGAAAUUUCUCCUGCAUUACUGGCGACUGUGGCUCCGGAAAACUAGAAUGUUCAGGCAACGGUGGUGCUUCUCCUGUAACGUUGGCAGAGUUUGCGCUGGGCAAUUUCAAUGGCCUUGACUUUUUUGAUGUUAGUCUUGUUGAUGGCUUCAACCUGCCUUUGCUUGUUGUGCCUUCUGGUCAGAACUGUUCAAGCACAGGAUGCAUUGGCGAUUUGAACGAAUCAUGUCCUACAGAGCUUGAGGUUACCAAUGGUACAGAAGAGAAGAGUGUGGGAUGCAGGAGCGCUUGCGAUGCUCUUAAGUUGCCCAUAUAUUGUUGUGAUGGCGGAAGCAUGUCAAGUGUUAAAUGCAAGCCUUCAUUGUAUUCUCGAUUUUUCAAGAAUUCAUGUCCACAGGGUUACAGCUAUAUUUAUGAUGAUAAUACUAACACUACCUACACCUGUCCAUCCACCGAUUACCAAAUUACAUUCUGCCCAGCAGGGAAGUCAAUAAAUACCACUUCAUAUAGAUCCAGUUCAAUAAAUACUACUUCAUAUAGGCCCAAUUCAAGAAACACAACAGCUACAGCAAACAACUAUCGGCCAUCAUCAGGGGAGAUAAAACCAAUGCCUGAAAUAAGGUCAAAUGCUACUUCAAGAAGACAAUGGAAGCCAAUUAUAGCAGGAGUUGUAGGUGGCGUUCUUGCUAUCAUUUCUUUUGUAGUUAUUAUUGUUUUGAGGGUCAGGUGGAGCAAGUCCGAAAAUACUGAGGAGGAUGUAGAAGAUGAUCAUAUACAGCAAGUUCCAGGAAUGCCUGUGAGGUUUUCGUAUAAAGAUCUUUGUGAUGCGACCGAUGAUUUCAAGGAAACACUUGGAAGAGGAGGCUUUGGUUCUGUGUUCAAAGGAGUACUCGCAGAUGGAACAGGAAUUGCGGUGAAGCGUCUGGAUAAUUUAGGCCAAGGAAAGAGGGAGUUUUUAGCGGAAGUUGAGACAAUUGGAAGCGUGCACCAUUUUAACUUGGUGAGGUUGAUAGGAUUUUGUGCAGAGAAAUCAUACAGGCUUCUAGUAUACGAGUAUAUGAGUAAUGGAUCAUUGGAUAGUUGGAUUUUUAAGAAAAGCCAAAGAUCUUCCCUUGAUUGGAAGACACGAAAGAAGAUUAUACUUGACAUUGCAAAAGGGCUGGCUUAUCUUCAUGAAGAAUGCCGACAGACCAUAAUCCACCUUGAUAUAAAACCGCAGAACAUACUCUUAGAUCCAAAGUUCAACGCCAAAAUUUCUGACUUCGGAUUAUCUAAGCUGAUUGAUAGGGAGAUGAGCAAAGUCCAACUUUCAAUGAGAGGAACCCCUGGAUAUCUUGCUCCAGAAUGGCACAAAGCAUUAGGUCACGUUACAAUAAAAGUUGACGUGUACAGCUUCGGAAUUGUUCUACUGGAAGUAGUUUGUGCACGCAGAAACAUUGAUCACUCGCAACCAGAAUCUGCCUUCCAUUUGCUUAGAAUGUUGCAGAAUAAAGCUGAAAACAUUUUGGGAUAUUUAGAUGAAUAUAUGCAGAGUGAUAAAGAGGAAAUAAUCAGGAUGCUAAAAGUUGCUGCUUGGUGUUUGCAAGAUGACCCAGAAAGAAGGCCUCUCAUGUCAACAGUUGUAAAGGUGUUGGAGGGUGUAAUGGAGGUAGGUUCAAACCUGGUGUAUAAGUUUUCACAUGCACUGGCACCACCUCCUGCUGAUGGCGCCCAUAUUUCUUCAGCACCGCCCCCAGCUUCUGUUCUUUCUAAUCCUAGAUGAUGUUGUAAAGUUCCUUCUUUUUUGCUAAGAGAAAAAAUGGAGCAAGCUUGUCAUCACUUAAACUGCUUUAGUCUCUUCAACGUGAUUUUAAGCAAAUCAUAUUUGUUCUUGUUAGUGUGUAAUUUUUUAAGUAGCAUUGAUAAAUUAAGACUUAAGGAACUUUUUGAAGUUGUAAACCAACUAUCGACAAGCUGAGGUGAUAUUGCAGUUAUUCUUUGUACUGCCAGAA